AUGACGAACUUCAUAAUUGCGAUUGCUGCCCUUGCUUUGCCUCUGGCCGCUGGGCUAGAAGCAGAUGCCUUCGGCUGCCAAGAUUCCACCAGCUGUCAGCAAGGAACUUCAUUGUUGCAGCACGGCUCUCGCAAAGUUGAGUCGGCCAAUCGUCAGGGCCAGGUCAUCAAGGCGACUGCUGACCCUACAAAGUUCCUGGAUUGGGCGGUCAACAUCGAUGCCAACGGUCGCUCAUGUGCUCUUUGCGGUCUGCCGCCUCAAGAGCGUGCGCCCAACAACACCUAUGUGCAGCGCACUGACUGUGGCAACCAAAGCCUGUACGAGCACCCGGAUAAGGUCUUUUUGCCUUUGAGCAGCUUCAUGAAAGAGGCCACAGACGAGCACAACGAGACCUUUGGCUGGUGCGAGCUAAAUUCGGAAAAGGGUUGUGCUGAUGCGAUCUACAACAAGGACUACCUGAUGUUUGCCAAGUCUGUCCAGCUACCGAGCCUACCCAUUGUUGGCUACAAGACCAUGGCGUAUGACCAGCAGUAUUGCCUCCACAACGGUUGGCUGGCCCCGGAGAUCAAGGCGUUGCAGCACGACUACGAGGGCAUGACUGCAAAGGGCAAGGAGUAUUGCAACUCUGAUCUUCUCGUCAGCCUUGGCUCGAAGGGCAACAUGACUCUGAUAGACAUGAUUGAGACCUACUUGAUUGACCUGCCCGGCUUGCCUAUCAGCCGCCCAUCCCCGGAGCAUGCGCACUUCAUGGCUGCAUGGACUUGUGCCAUGGGCAGCUCAGCGUGUGACAUGACCUACUGCGCGUACAGCUUCUGCGUGCAGGACGAUGGCAGCAUCGGAACCUAUGAUGAAUGCCCCGGUUGGGACCCUGUCAAAGGCAUGCCAGUAAAUUAG